CGUGUCACGUGAAGCCUGCGCUUGUUGACCGAGAAUCAGCUGAUGCUUUAAGGGACGUCACGAUUUUUAUCUCCGGUGCGAUUUAUUAGCUCUGUGUCAUUUGAUAAAAGACCAAGACCGGGAAAAAAGGUGGUUUUAGUGGACCUGCGAAUUCCGUCGUACAUUUUCUGGAUUUGAAGGAAUUUAAUAACCAGUGUAGAGAGCAGCCAUGGCGCUCAGCGACGCGGACGUCCAGAAGCAGAUCAAGCACAUGAUGGCUUUCAUCGAGCAGGAGGCCAAUGAAAAAGCAGAGGAAAUUGAUGCCAAGGCAGAAGAAGAGUUUAACAUCGAGAAGGGUCGCCUGGUGCAGACUCAGAGGCUGAAGAUCAUGGAGUACUAUGAAAAAAAGGAAAAACAAAUUGAGCAGCAGAAGAAAAUUCAGAUGUCUAACUUGAUGAACCAGGCUAGAUUGAAGGUGCUGAAGGCCCGUGAUGACAUGAUCUCGGACAUGUUAAACGACGCACGUCAUAGACUGGCUAACGUAGCCAGAGAUCCAUCCCGGUACUCAGCCCUGAUGGAUGGACUGGUGCUACAGGGUUUUUAUCAGCUGCUUGAACCCAAAGUGAUGAUCCGUUGCCGCAAGCAGGACUUGGCCUUGGUGCAGGCUGCUGUGCAGAAGAACAUCCCCGUCUACAAAGCAUCUGUGAAGAACAAUCUUGAAGUGCGGAUCGACCAGGAUAACUUCCUCCCUUCAGAUAUCUCGGGUGGGAUUGAGAUCUAUAAUGCGGAUGGCAAGAUUAAAGUGUCUAACACUCUGGAGAGCAGGCUGGAUCUUCUGGCACAGCAGAUGAUGCCCGAAAUCCGAGUUGCCCUGUUCGGCGCCAAUCAGAACCGCAAAUUCAUGGACUAAUCAUCUCCCUCUCUGUGAUCCAGGAGCAUUCAGGACCAGAACAGAAAAAAAACCUACAUUGUUUGUCUUUAUUUUUAUUUAGAUGUAAAAGAUUGAAUUCAUGUGUCUAAGUAUUUAACUUAUGAAUUGUCUGUACAUGUUCGUGGAGUAUUUUGUGAUUCGUUGUUGCUGUAUGAUUGAAUUUAGGUUCUAAGGUUCAUAUGUUUACAAGUGAGUCUGAAUGGUUACACUCGCGACUCCAAGACAAGUCUUAUGUGGACAUUCUUCAAUAUUUAAGACAUUCCUUCACGUUUUAGUUUAUGUUCUAUUACAUGUUAUGCCAUUACAGCUUUUUGUUCCGUACGAUUUCUUUUUUGUUGUUGUCUCAUUUGUCAAAUCAUGUGCUGUAUCACUGAAGAAAACGUUUUUGUGCAAAUGCUGAGAUUACGUGAAUGUGGAAAUAAUCGAGAGAAAUAAAGAAUAUUCUCUAUGUGUCCUACUGA